AUGGCUGCAGUUACGGAACUGUACCAUGCUUUGUGCGAUCAUGUGGAUCCACGGGUGCUCAAGAGGGCAACGGAAGACAAGGGCGAGGACGCCGGCAUGUUCCAUUGGUCGAACAUGAGCAUGGAGGCUGCUUGCGAACUGCAUGAAGAGCUUCUGAAAGCCUUCUUUGGUGUAGGAAAACAGAUCCUGCCCAAGGAAAUGCAGGCGGCAUUGAAUCGUUUCAAUUCCCUGCAUGCCGAUCGGUUGUUUUUUGGUGAUGGUGUUCGAGGAGUUCGGCAACAGGCUCAGGGGAUAGCAAACCUCAUGUCCUAUGUCAACACCAAGCGAAGAAACGUUGCUGACGGAUCACGGACAAAAUCCUUUAUGAACCGAUUGGUGACUCCUCGCCGGCUCUCUUUGUACAGUGCGACGACCUCGGACAUCUACAAGGUCUUCGGCUUAGAUGGUGCCCCUUCCAGAUCUACCGCUACAAGCACCAUUGUGGAAAUCGACUCCUGUGAUGAGGGUCCGAUCGAGAUCCAAGGGUCUGAGAAGGAGCAGCCUGCUCUUGCCCUUCAGCCGUACACCGAUUUCGCGAAGGGCAUCUUGGUUCGAGCCUUGCCUUGUGGGCGGAUUGAGGAAGCCGUCAUGCAUGCUCCCGAAGGUGCUGUUUUUCUGCGAGGUCGCUUCAAGGAUGGAACCGAGUUCGAUUCGGAAGUGCCGGUGCUAGCAAGCACUUUAGCCGGUGGCCUUCAAGUCAAGGCGGUGAAAGCAAACAAGCCCAAGGAUCACAAGGCGAAAGCCGCAGCCAAGGCCAAGAACUCCAAGGCCAAGGCGAAAUCGAAAGCUAAGGCCAAGGACAGCAAAGAUGCUCCUCCGAAGGUUAAGGAAGCCAAGGCGAAAGCGAAGGUGCAGCAGCCCGAUCCCCAAGCUGAGGCACCUGAAGCCGUACGUGGAUGCACGAUAGGCGACUGGAGUGUGAUGUACUAUAAGUCCCCCAAGAAUGCAUUUGGCAUUCGCGGUAAGACUGGAGGGCCCCAGAUGGCCUCUGCCACCUGUGGUAGGAAGGAUCCUUUCAAGGUCCGGCAAAUCAUGAUCGACUAUGCUGUGCCAGCCUUGGAUGCAAAGACAGACAAGGCUGAGAUCAAGGCGGAGCUGAAGAGACGCAUCUCGGAGCUCUGA